AUGCAAUGUACUCUGUGUUUUGAUUAUAGUGGCAAUACCCUUGGUAUGCGGUAUACGCCAUGUGCGGAUGCGCGCGCGUCGAAUGUUUUUUAUUGUAAGAAUUUCUACGCUGCUAUUCGGGAGUCUGUACCACGAUUUCCGGUCCACUCUCGUGCCAACAACUCAAACAACUCAAACAACACCACCACCACCACCACCACCACCACCACCACCACCACCACCACCACCACGGGUAACGUGGUUACCCAGAAUCCGAAUCCAAAUCUGAGCACCCGAAUCAGCUUUCCAACGGAUCGGCAGGAGCUGCUGCGGCGACGUCAGCAGAUGUGGGAGCAUUUGCAGCACUUGCAGCAGCAGCAGCAGUUGCAGCAACAGCAACAACAACAACAACAACAGCAGCAGCAGCAACAGCAGCAACAGCCAAGCCCCCAACAAGCACAAGAACAAGCCCCAAUCGGACAAUUCAUACAGCGCGCAAUGGCGCUCUACCCAGGACGUGACCCCAUGUACCUCGGGCUAACAGCCGCGCAGGCACAGCGCGUGAUAGAGGACGUGCUGGGGCGGGACGUGGCGCUGACCGGUGGGCCGCAUGUCGAGGCGGCGAGGAGGCAAUUGAUGAUUCGGGAUUUUGGGGGGUAUUAUCCUGGGUGGACUUGGGAGAGCGGGGCGUAUUUUCCUGAUGGUGGACCUACCCUGCCGCGGCCUCCUCUGCCUUUGCCACCGUCACUACCAGCACCAGCACCAGCACCACCACCCCUGCUGCCGCCACAGCAGCAGCAGCUUGGUGCGUCAGAUGCGCGCACGACGGGGUCGGGGUUGGGACGGGUAACGCCGGUAGAGCUGGCCCGCGUCAUGACCCGUUUGCGUGAGGUGCGUGAGGUGCGCGGCGGCGCGGCGUUGUCCCAAGAGGAGGCGGAGGCGCUGUUGAGAGAGGUGCUUGGUGCUGAGAGGGUUGCUUCUGGGGGGGUAAUGGUGCAGAGUCUGCUUGAGCGGAUGACUCGUGGUGGUGGUGCCGCUGCAACUGCAACUGCAGCUGGACAAAUGGGAACACCGACGGAAACAGCAAGGCAACCCGCCCCAUCCCCGCCCCCUGUGUCGCCGCAUAUACCACCACCACCACCACCGCCAGCGAACCGCCUCACAGUUGAAGAGAUAACGAUCAUCCGCGAGCGGGUAGAGCAGCUGCACCCGGGAAUAACGAUGGAUCUCCAUGCGCUGCCCCGUGAGCUGGCGGAGCGGAUUGUGAGAGGGGUUGUGGGUGAUUUGGGGAUGUGGGAUCGGGAUGUGGGUCCUGUGGAGGUGGAUUGGGUGAUGGGGGAGCUGAUGAGGAGUGGACCUGGGCCGGAGCAUGCGCAUGAGCCGGAGCCUGAGCAUGAGUUGGGUCCGAUGCAGGCUGGUGCUGGUGCUGGAGCUGGAGCUGGAUCGGUAGGUUGGAGCGGAGCAUGGCCUUGGCCUGUUCUUAUGUACUAUAAUGGCGCUUGGAUACCUGUACCGCAGGAUCCUCCCGGUCUGGGUAUGGGUAUGUCGGCUCCUGGCGAGCCUGUGAGCCCGCCAACGCUGCCGUUUGACUUUGGGUAUAAUGCGCAAGGGAGGUUGGAGCCUGUUCCUCGGCGUAGGAGUGUACCGCCGGCUAUUAAUACGAGUGCUGCGAUGUCUGUGGGCUCGGCACGAGGCGAUGAAAGUGCGGGUUCCUCUGGAGGUGGAGGUUCACGUUCAGUGGGUGUGGGAGGUAAUGCUGAGCGUGAACACACACCACGCAUGAUAGCGACAAGGAGUGUUCCGAGUCAUACACCAGUACCACCGCGAACUGAACACCUCGAUUUACCUAAUAACGCGCCUGGACUCGCGCCCCUGCACGUCCACCCGCCCGUUUUGGGGUACCAUGGUAUUCCUAUUCCUGCCCCUGCUCCCAUACAUGCACACGCACACGCACACGCACAUACACACGCACAUACACACGCACAUCCACAUGCGCAUACACAUGCGCAUGCGCAUGCGCAUACACAUGCGCAUGCGCAUGCGCACCCCACAACUCCAUCGCCCGGCCACCGCCCUUUUUAUCCCGACGUUAUCAUCGAUAUUGAUCUUACGACGCUUCCCCCUCCCACUCCGCCACAGCUAACGAGGCAUGCACCCCCUGCCCCAGGGUUGAGUUUGAGUUUGAGUAUACCGUUUCCUCCGCAUCAUCCUCCGGUGAAUAUGGGCUGGGGCAUGAGUGGUGGGGGAGGAGGGCGAGGGUCGAUGACAGGAAGGGAUGGGGAAGAUGAGAGUGAGACGCGGAGAGGGCGGAUGGUUAGGCAGCGGAUCGAGCAGAGGGCGCGGGAGGCCGCUGCCGCCGCCGCCGCCGUUGAUUCCGCGAGUAGUGCUGCUGGGGAUGCAGAGCCGGGGCCGAAUUCUACAUCGACUCGGACGGCCGUCAAUGAGGGUAUGGCACCCGCACACCAGAAUCAUUUGGGAUCAGCAGCACAGUUGCGCAUUCCGUUGCUGACCGCGCCGCGGCAGCAUCCCCCCCACGCGCACGCGCACGUGCAUCCGUUCCGUACAUACAGGCCCAACAGACCUCAGGCUCCUGCCCCUGCCCGACGACAAUUAAACCAGCCCAAUGUCAGUGUCAGACCUGUACAAAGACACCGCCAGACAGUCGCCACAGCAGUUGACCUGGGACGGAACAGGAACAGGAACAGGAACAGGAACAGGAACAGGAUACGCGCACCUGAAGGCGCGGCAUAUUGGCUUCCGAACCCUUCGACGACGACGACGUAUGAUGCGCAUACGGGUGCGCCGCGGUAUAAUGCGCGUGUGGUUUAUACGUUCUUUGCGGAGAAUGUGAGCGCUGUUGGGCGGUCGUCGGCUAUUGGACUGGGGCGGGCUGCUGCUGCUGAUGAUGCUGCUGAUGCUGUAUCGAAUUCGAAUUCGAAUACUGUGGUUAGGGGUGUGGAUAUGCGUGAUGGAGCGAGAGUAAAUUCGGGUGUGAAUGUGAAUGCGAGUGUACAAACGGGUGGGGGUAGAGGUGUGGGUGUGGGUGUGGGUGUUGGAGAGGAUGAGGGUGAGGGUAGCAUCGAGGACAGUGAUGACGAGGAAAGUGUACAUGGUGUGGAUCAAGAAGUGAUGCCUAUCAAUGUCGACGAAGCCCUCCGUGAAUUGCGAUUCUUGAGGGAGGAGCGUGAGCGUGCACAGCGGGAGUUGGAGUUGGCCCAUGGCCGCCCUGUUGGUUCUGAACACCGCCCCACUGUGGUACCUACUGUUUUAGGAGGUAGCGCAGUUGUUGCAUCACCAGAACAGAUUCCACUUCCGAUGGCGGAUGUGGUGCUGACGCCUUCUAAUGCUAAUGCGAACGCCGGAGAUGGUGGUACACCAACAAGGACAAAUGUUGACACUGGUAACAGGCCUGUUCCACGGCGCCAAAUGCGGGUCUAUUCUGAAUCUGGGUUAACUGUAGGUGAUGUAGGCGAACGUACUCCAGCUUCCUCCGGACCAGAGCCUCCGACGCUUCUUCCGCCCGAAUCCAACACAACACCAACAAAUCAGCAGACAGUCGAAAACCCCGAACAGUACGCCGACUUGAAUGCGAUGUUAACAUCGCUAUCUCAGGACCGCCACCUUGACGGAGCGCUGCGAGACUCCCUCCGCCAAUUCGUUGGACACCUACAACGCCAACGUGAACUGCGCAUACAGAGCGUGCAGCUGGCGGGGCUGACGAGGCAGUCUUUUGACUCUUUUAUUGCGCCUGGUACAGAGCUACGGCGCUUGCUCACGCGAGUUGUGGCAGAUCUGGAUUCAGCGAUGGUUGCGGGGCACUUUAACUUGCCUGAAUCUGAUACUCGAGAUAUUGUCUCCAUGGCCGAUGAUCCAAGGUGGAAUGUUCGUAUGCUCCAAACCUCCCUUCGUGAGAUUACAACAUCCCUCCGAGGCUCUAUUAGAACAUUACCCCAACAUCAACCCCGAAUACAGAUGUUGGAAGCGGAGCAAGACAGAUUGCAACGCGAAAUGUUUACCUUGUUGAACGGCCUUACUGAGAACAUUCGCUGGAAUGGAGAGGGGCCUGCAGGACCGCAGAUGGUCAUGGUGCGCGCCCUUAUUGCGUCGCUGCAAAGGUCCAUCGAGCACCUCAGAGGGAUUGCUGUUCGCCAAUCGGAGUUUUGGGCGAUUGAGGUGGCGGAGAUGAUGCGCCAGGCGUCGGAUUUGGAGCGCGAGUUGAACAUUUUUGAACAACGGUAUCUUGGUGGGGUACAGGAGGCGGAUGAUACGACUAGCGCGGGUGUGGCUGGGAAUGCUGGCAACACGUUGUUGCGUUCGACGCCGGGUGGAGUUGCGGGUGAACUGCGUACAGCUGUGGCUGGCCGGGAGGCACGGGUAGCUGCUAAUGCGCGACGGCGGCUUCGGCUUCAAAGCACUAUCCAAGCAAGUUUGCUAGGUAGCCCUAAUCCAACUGCUCAAAACACCCGUCCCAAUCCUGUUCUGAACCGCAAUCCCGAUGCGAUACGCCCUAUGCACGACCACGGAAACGCUAACGACGACCCUGAUGCAGAAUGCCUGGAUCUUGAUGUUUACUAUGGGCUGACGAGACCCAGUCCUGCUGUUGUUGCUCGCACUAGCAAUCCUGUGGCACGUUCUCAAACUAGACAGCUGCAAAGAUCCAGUGACGAGGAUGCUUUGAGACGGGGGGAGGUGGAUCCAGAUGGGAAUACGUUAGACGCCCAUUCUCCACGUGAUGAUGCUUGGGAGGCUGGUCGAUGA